AUGGACAUCACACCAGUAUUCAACCAGAUACUCGCCAAACACGAUGCGCACCCGAUCGAGCCUCAUGUAUUCCGUGUCGAGGCCCUAGAUGAUUUUGUGAAAGAGGCAUACCGCAUUCGAGGGCACAUUGCAAAGCUCCACACGGACCUGAAGUCGAUACGGCAAAGUUAUCUCUCGACGGCGCAUCCUCCCCGCCGGAAGCAGUACACGCGAACCAACGGCUCCGCGACGUCGGCAGACAAAGAUGCAAAGUACCUUAGCAACACGCAGCGCAACGAGAUCGACGCUCAGGCGAAAGAAUCGAUACACGGGCUGAACGAUGCCAUCAAAAGGCUAGGCAUUGCUGAGCAAACACGGCAGGAAACGCAGACGCAGGUUGCUUUGAAGAAGCGCGCAAAGCAGGGCCUAGGUGCGCUUGGACGAUGGGCAGCGGGCGGGGCAAUCACAGCAAAGAGCGUCGAGGAGGAGAUGCAGGAGGCCAAGGCAAAUACGAUCAAGGCGCAUCGAGAGGGCAUAAUAUGGUCGCUGCAGAAGCAGCUGGAGCAGUGCGGCCAAUUCCAGAGCGACAUGAUGGAGAUACGGCUCAUGCGCGAGGUGGAGAAGAGCAAGAGCGUGCUGUACAAAACGAGGACCACGGGACCAACGAGCAGCGACUACAGCGGUAUGAAUGGCAGCAGUGCAGGCAACGAGUCUGCAGGCUAUCGCGCGAAGCCGACGUACAACCCCGACGAGUCGAGCGCGGUGAUCGAGAAUCAGCUCGACCCCGAGCAGCUCCAGCUAUUUGCGCAGGAGAAUCAGGACAUGCUCAAGCAGUAUGAGGACCAACUCGACAAAGUUCGCGCAACCGAAAAGUCCCUCACCGAGAUCUCGGAACUGCAGUCGACGCUCGCGUCCAACCUCAGCAUGCAGGCGGCGCACAUUGACCAGCUCAUCGAAGACUCGUUCAAUACGACGGAGAAUGUAGGGAGCGGAAACAAGGAGCUCAAGCGUGCGACGGAGCGGGGCAGCACGGCACAGAAGCUGUUCUGGGCGACAAGUAUCUUCUGCACGACACUUGUCUUGUGGGACUUGUUCAUCUGA